AGAUGAUUAAUUAAAUAAAUCAACACAAAUUAUGGUAUUUAAUAAGAAUAGUGCUUAUUUAAGGGCAACUAAGUACUUAAACUAUUUGCUCCGAUCAAUGUGUAUCAUCACGAGAAUACCCUCCGAAGAGAACGCAUUUGAGACUAAUAACCAGGGCGAUAGAUAUUUCAUAUUGGAAUGGACGUACACGGCAAUAUUCUACACGUUUUCGUGUUUUAUAUUUUACCGUCUUAUCUACUCAGAGAAUAUAUUGAAACCGUACUUGGACGACCUGACGCUGGACAACAUAAACUACGCACUGAUGACAUCGCUGUCCGUCCUUAUUGUUGUGAUGAAUCCGUUGUUAGCGAGCAAAGCACGCGAGAACCGAAAAAAAUAUUUCAAACUCUGGAGAGAAUAUCAGAUUCAAUAUGAACAGUACUAUGUUUCGGAAUUGAAGCUCGGCUCAUCGAUUCUUAUUGUUUUGUUGAUCGUUGGUUGUACGGUCGUAACAACGCUCGAGUUGGUCGCAAACUGCGUCUUGACAUCACAAGUAAAACCCACUUACAUGUACGCUCAUUGGCUCAUUUAUUUUUACUCAAAUCUCACUACCAUUCAGUGGGUCACGGACUGUUAUUUAUUGGCUAUAGCCUCCAAAAAAUUGCUCAAUCAAUUUUUGGCACAGACAAUAACUGCUGAUACGACGGACAGAAUAGAUGGCGGGGGCAUAGAUGUUAAAACGCACGUGUCCCAUUUCGUUGAACUUUGGCGAAAACUUUCCGACAUGUCCAGUGGGCUAAUAGAUACCGGUUGCGGCUUGUACGAAUUAAAUUUCGCCGUGCAGUCGGUGAUCGUCGUGCAAGCUCUAUACGGUAUCGCUGCCCUGUACAUUGGUCAACAUCAAUCAGUCGUACACUACAACGUAUACUUCCCGACUGCUGCAUGGUCGAUUAUAAAUGUGGUUGUUCUGUGCGAGGCUGCGUACUCGGUCACUAAUCAAGUGGGUUUCAAAACCAAUAUAGCAAUACAAUCAAUAACUUGCAAUAACUUUAGUUUAGAAACUCAAGAGCAGAUUUUCACAGCUUUGAAAACUAUCCAAUCCCACAUACCUGUAAUAACUGUAAACGGUUACUUCACUAUGGAUCGAACAUAUAUUUUGAGCUAUCUAGGAGUAGCUGUAUCAUACAUCAUUGUUCUGGCACAAUUUAAGAUUGGUACUUCUUAA